AUUAUGAAUGUAUGAAAGACGCAAGCUGUUUACAUUCAGGUUAUGUACGCUUCCAAGCUGGUUGCAGUGCAAUUUUCAACAAUCUUCUUCUGCCGCAAUCAUCCACGCAACUAAAGGUUGAAUGCGCAAAAGUCGGUCGUAGAUAAAGCUUCUUGUAACUAUUUGUGAAAUAGAGGAAUACCAUACAAAAGCAACACAUAUAAAACAUUGCGUUGUUCUUAAAUUUAGUAUGUUGUCACAAUUUCAACGCAUAACAGGUUGCUUAUAUUCUAAGCAUAUACAUAUACAAUAUCUGAAAAUGUCCCAAGUUGGAGAAUUGGGUAGUGGUGCUGGUAAAGGUGGAGGGGGCGGUGGCGUUAUUCGAGAGGCGGGCGGCAGCUUUGGUAAAAUGGAGGCAGCGCGCGAAGAAGAAUAUUUUUAUAAACAACAAAAGGAGCAAUUGAAAAAUUUGAAAGAUAAACCUGAAUCAACUAAAGGCGCUGAAGCUAAAGAAUAACAAAAUUACAUGACAAAAAAUUAAUGCAAAAUGAAGAAGUAAUGCUGAAUGUUGCUUUGCGUUUCUAUGAAAUUUUAAUAAGGAUUGUUGUUUAACAUCAUUCUAAACGAAUGUAACAUAUUAAAAUGAUAAAUGGUUUUUGUGAAAGAA